AUGGUCGUUGUCAGGCGAAAAACCAGAGACAGCCACCAGACACCACCACAUCAAUCGGCAGCGACGCCGCCAGAGAACGACAAAGCUAAAAACGACGACGAGGGACAAGACGGCGGGAGGAUACCGGUAGAAAGACAGAGACCCGCCGUUGAUCGCAGCGUCAACGACAAGGUGGAAGGCGCGAGUAAACAACCGAGAGAGGAACCGGUCCCUACUAGUAGCCUCCGGUGGUCUCCACGGCACCGAAAGAUGAACUCGUCUACGGUGGCAGCGGAAGGGUCGGGAGAACGGCGUCUAAGUCUCUACGACGUCCUCACCGGGGAGGCGCCGCUACCGCCUACUCGGGGCGGACUGCGGGACACCGCCAGUGCCGAGGCCGCCUCUACUACCCGCAGGGAAGUCGGGCGUGGGCUUCGCAGCGGCGGCAGCGGCGGCGGCAGCGGCAGCGGCAGCGGUAUCGGUGUCGUCCCGCUCGGCGGGGGUGCGCGGCGGGCGUCGAUCUUCGAUCGGAUCGCGGACGUCGUUUUCAACGAGGAGCAGAAGAAACAAGAUCCUGUCGAUGCCAUCGCCGUCAGGAGCGAGCUGGAGGAUGAGUUUCGGGUUUCGUUCCGGGAAGGCGCCAUGGGUAUGACCUUGUCCAUGGAUCCUGACACCAGGGACGCUAUCGUCGGGAAGAUAGUCGAACAGGGGCAGGCGUUUCGAGCGGGGAUCCAAACGGAUGACCUCGUGAUCGGAGUGGGAGAGAACACCGUCAGCAGCUACGGCACCGUGUUGGCCUUCAUGAACAUCAUGGGCCGUCCGAUCGAGCUCCACUUCCGAAAAUCUGACAAAGGCAGCGGCGAUGGCGGCGGCGGCAGCGGUGGCGGACCGAUCUCAGCCUCACACGCCGGCGCCCGGGGUGGUGGCGGGGGCGGGAGUGCGGCGAAACCGGAGGGCUUCCGUGCGACGAAGGCUGGAGGCGUAUCAAAAUCUGGGCCGAUCCGGGGGAAUCUCGAGGGCACCCGCGGGGACAGCUUGUCCAGAAAGCUCAAGGGAGCAGCAGGAGUAAAGAGCGCCGGAGGGAUUGCGCCCCGUUCCCCUAUCUCUCCGCGGAGCCAGGGCAAGGUGUCCGGGUUUAGCGGACUGGGGCGCGAGGUGGCGAGCUCCGACGCUGGCUUCAGCGAAAAGAUGGAGCACGGCGUGGUGGUGACCAAGUACGGCAAGAAGGGCGCGGCGGCUCAGCGGCUGCUCUACCUGGACGGCGUGUCGAUGUCGGUGGCUUGGCGCGACCUCGACGCCCGUUCCCCGGGGCACAGCCGAUCGAGUUCGCUCACCAACAUCAUCAAGGGGAAGAGGGAGGCGUUGGCGCUCGCGCACCUCCUCGAGGUUAUAGCUGGUGACGACCCUGACCCCACGAGACCGUCGGAGAAGGGCUCGGCGAUGCUCCGUGAGCACUGCGACGAGAGCCUUCUAGAGCGAAGCUUCGCCUUGCAGUUUAAAGAGCGAUCUCUGGAGAUGACCUGCGACAGCCACGCCGAGAUGCGCCAGCUUGUGGCUGGUUUCCGUGACCUCCAGAAGCAAUACGGGCGGUGA